ACAUGAGCUUUAUAGUCUACUUGGCCUUGUAGGACACAAGACGUUUUUUGUAUAAAAUAUUAAUCCUAAACCCAAACCUGGCUGGACACGACAUGAUUCAUGUUCACCGUGUAAAGGCGGCACAGAAAGGUGGACCUACGACUGUUUUUUGAGAACAACGAGUUUCCCUUAAAGCGGUCCAGACCUGGCCUUUAAUUCAGCCAGCUCCUCCGCCAUGUCUCCACGGUCGGCAUAACACAACAGCGGGACCGCCAGCUUCUACAUCCUCCGUGUCCGUCUCUGUCCGCCGCGUCACCAGUGAGUUUUCUCUCCCCUGCCAUGCCCCGGGUUACCUCGCUGCUGCCUGCCCUGCUGUUCGUUCUCCUGCCGGGCCCGAGCCGGGGAUAUUUCCCCGAGGAGCGCUGGAGCCCCGAGUCUCCGCUCCUCGCUCCACGGGUCAUCAUCGCGUUGGCCUGCCGCAACUCGGCGCACUCCCUGCCGCUGUUCCUCGGAGCUAUCGAGCGACUCAACUACCCGAAGGACCGCAUUGCGCUGUGGGUGGCGACGGAUCACAACAUCGAUAACACUACAGCCAUCCUGAGAGACUGGCUCAUCCAGGUGCAGAAUUAUUAUCACUAUGUGGAGUGGAAACCUGAUGAUGAAUCCAGUGCCUUUGAAGACGAGGUGGGGCCUAAGCAUUGGAAUAACCUCCGUUAUGAACAUGUAAUGAAGCUCCGUCAAGCAGCACUGGAGACCGCCCGCGAGAUCUGGGCCGACUACCUCCUGGUGGCUGACUGUGACAACCUGCUCACCAAUCCAGAUGUGUUGUGGAAACUGAUGAGCGAGAACAAGACUAUUAUAGCGCCAAUGCUGGAGUCCAGGGCUGCAUACUCUAACUUCUGGUGCGGCAUGACUUCACAGGGUUACUACAAGCGUACACCAGCCUACAUGCCUAUCCGUAAGCGGGAGCGUCUUGGCUGUUUCGCUGUACCGAUGGUCCACUCUACCUACCUUGUGGACUUACAGAAAGAGGCCUCCCGUCAGCUGGCUUUUUAUCCACCACACCCAGAGUACAGCUGGGCCCUGGAUGAUGUCAUUGUCUUUGCCUACUCAGCUCGAAUGGCAGAUGUGCAGAUGUACGUGUGCAACAAAGAAACUUACGGCUAUUUCCCAGUUCCUAUGCGUUCCCACGCUACCUUGGAUGAUGAGGCGGAGAGCUUCUUGCAUACUCAGCUUGAGAUCAUGGUGAAAAAUCCUCCGCUGGAGCCAUCCAGCUUCCUGUCUCUUUCUCCCAAGCAGCCUAACAAGAUGGGCUUUGAUGAGGUGUUUAUGAUCAAUCUGGUGCGGAGAUCUGACCGUCGUGAGCGAAUGCUAAGAGCACUGUACGAGCAGGAGCUCAGCUGUAAGGUUGUUGCUGCUGUGGAUGGCAAAGCUCUGAACAAGACUGAUAUAGAGUCCAUGGGGAUUAAGAUGCUCCCGGGAUACAAAGACCCCUAUCAUGGUCGACCUCUCACCAAGGGGGAACUGGGUUGUUUCCUCUCUCAUUACAACAUCUGGAAAGAGAUAGUGGACCGUGGUCUGCAGACCUCCCUGGUCAUUGAGGACGACCUCCGCUUCGAGGUGUUCUUCAGACGACGUCUGCAGACGCUGCUGCAGGAGGUGACGACACACAAGCUGGACUGGGAUCUCAUUUACAUUGGGCGGAAGAGAAUGCAGGUGGACCACCCAGAAACGUCUGUACCAAACGUCCACAAUCUGGUGGAGGCAGACUACUCCUACUGGACACUAGGCUACAUGUUGUCAUUACAAGGAGCCCAAAAGCUCCUCAGGGCCGAACCUCUGACAAAGAUGCUUCCUGUCGAUGAAUUCCUCCCUGUCAUGUACAACAAACAUCCAGUUUCAGAGUACAUGGACCACUUUGACAGUCGGGACCUGCAUGCCUUUUCUACCGAACCGCUUCUGGUGUAUCCAACCCAUUACACAGGAGACCCAGGCUACAUCAGCGACACAGAAACAUCCGUGGUCUGGGACAAUGAGGCUGUCAAAACCGACUGGGACCGAGCCAAGUCGAGGAAAACUCAGGAGCAGGGGGAGCUCAGCUUUGAGGCCCAGAAUUCGGACGUGCUGCAGUCUGAACUGGAGAACUGGAGCACACGGGACGAGCUGUGAUGAAGAGGAGAGGACAUGAAGAGGAGCAACCGAGAGAACUCGGGCAUACAGAGAUAAGGAUGAGGGAGGACAGAACCAAGCUGUCAUAGUGAGGGAAAUGGAUAAGAUGGAGGGAAUAUAACAGAAUGCAGGAGAAGAGGGAGGAAACACAAAGUAGAUGGACACAGGACUGCUGAGGGGCAUUUCUGUCUCCACUAUUUAAUCUUUCUCUUAAGAGAGGAGGUUAGAUGUAGAGUUAACUCUUGAAGAGUCGGCUAGCAACUUUUGUUGUAUUUAUUGCAUCCAACGCACAUCCCAAAAGAACAUUUUGCCCAGACCUGUCCCAUACCACAUUAUACAUAAAUUCCCCCUGUGUGUUACUUUUUAACAGGAAAAAAAAUGAAUUGGAAAAAGAUGCAUUAUUAGCUCAACUCUAAAAUGUCUCUAAAUUUCUUCUAAUAACAUUUCAACUGUCCAGCACAACUUAACAUCAUUAAAACCUCACCUAAUUAAAUGUUAAAGCUGCAGUAUGUUCUGGGAGCCUCUAAAAUAUACAAAGAUUAUGUUACAUUUCUUCAGUUUCUUCUACACGUGCCAUAUUCUGCAUGAGCAAUGUCUGCUUGCAACCCAUAAUCACCAGUUGCACAUGGAGCCGUGAUAACUUCUACCAUAGAUUUUCCUUGCUGUUUAAAGUAAAAUUAUCUAGUGAUUUUCAAAGGAAAAAAAUGACUUCUUCUUCUUCUUCUACUCUUCUUUUGAGUCAUAAAACAUUGCUGUUUAGUUUAGCUCCAAGUAGCCGGUGUGUUGUUGAAGUAAGUUUUAUAAGGUUGUUACUUAACCUUUCAUAUCUUUUCACUCAUGAAUGUAUCAGUGUUUUAUUUUAUUUGCUGUGAAGCCUUUUUCCAGUUUGACAGAAGCAGCCUUUUGGUUUAGUGUUCCAGUGUUUUCCCCCUUGCUACAUAUUGCAGUUUUAACCCAAACUUGCAGCUUAUGUUGCAUUUUU